AUUCUUCAUAUUCUCUUCAACUUCGUCCCUGAAACCAAAAAUGUCAAAGAAAAUCUCAAAAUCCCUGAGAGAUUAUCUCAUCAAAAUCAAACCCUCGCAACGUUCCAUGGUUAAAUUAUCCUCUAAGAAAUGGGUUCCCAAAGGUUGCAAGCAUCCUAGGACUUCUUCUAUCGACAUGGACACCAACAAAAACAUCAUCAAAAAAACCACCACCAACGUCAAAGACGACGAAGCCAUGUUAGCAGACAUUGAUCGCUUUCUCAUCGAGAAUUUCAAGAACCUCUUCCUCGGUGAAGAAACCACCACCAACAAUGAAUCCAAAGAACAAAAAUCUCCCAAACUAGACUUUAUCAGAUUUGACUCUUCUCCAAGGUUUGAUGAUUCCCCACUGAACCUCUUCACUGACACAACAACCGAACCAGGACGAUCCAGUUUGACCAUGUCUGACCCUGAGGGUGUGGAGGAACAAACCACCGUUCUGAGUAAUUGCGUGGUGGUUUUGGCCAACUCCGCCAGACCCACCGAGGAUUUCCGUCGGUCCAUGGAGGGCAUGGUUGAAGCAAGAUUGAAGAAGAGUGAAAAGGUGGAUUGGGAGUUCAUGCAGGAGCUUUUGUUCUGUCACAUGAAUCUCAACCAGAAGAAGUGGCACAAGUUCAUUCUCAGCGCCUUCGUGGAUAUCGCCACCAGCCUCCGCCAGACACCGGAGAUUUCUCCGGCGAACCCCCAGCCGCCGCGGAGCGUUCGGACUGUAAGGAUCGGAAGAGAAGUGAGGAAGAAGACAAAGGAAGCAAUCACCUUGGAAUUUGGGUCACCCUAA